AUGAAUAUGACAAUCACAUUUUUUCAUGAAUAUAAAUUAUGCUCAUGAAACGAUUCAUUGCUGUUCCUCCGAAAUGCACAUUGCUGACUAAUGCGCAAACUUUUAAAUAUUUAUUGUCCGUUUUAUAUUACAACGAGUAUAUAUAAGUACGAGGAUCACAUAUUGAAUUCAGUAUGUUUGAUAUUUUACACGUGAAAAUAAGAUCUGAGAACGCUUCUCUCAAUAAUUGAAUAAACAAUGUGUACAUCCGUAAAGAACUUGAGUGACAUACCAAACGAAGAAUCACAAUUAUCUCUGAUCGAUGAAUUGUACAAGAAAAUAGAAAAUCCGGAUGAUAGUGACAUUUACAUAGACGAGAGUAAGAGCGAAAUUCGACAAUUUUUGACGGGUCAAGUUAUAUUUAUCACAGGUGGUACAGGUUAUGUAGGGAAAUCCACGAUCGAAAAACUGUUAAGAAGUUGCUCGGAUAUCAAAAGAAUUUAUAUUCUUGUAAGACCAAAAAAGCAAUGGUCCUCCGAGGAAAGGAUAAAACGAUAUUUUAACAAUGAGCUAUUUGACAAAAUGAAAAAAAUGAAUCCUCAAUGGGAGAGGAAAGUUGUUGUUAUUCCUGGUGAUUGCGCUCUGGAGGGUCUUGGUAUUUCACAAGAAAACCGUAACACUGUUAUCAGUGAGAUAAACGUUAUCAUCCACUCGGCAGCUAAUGUCAAAUUAGGCGAAAGACUCAGCCGCAUGCUUCAAAUUAAUGUCAUUGGUACCAAAGAGAUUUUAACCCUGGCUAGCGAAUGCAAGAAUCUCAAAGCUUGUCUAUACAUAUCAACCACAUAUUCACAUUGUUAUCUGCACGAAAUCGAGGAGAAAUUUUAUCCUUCGACUAUCGAUAUGGAAAUGGUGUACGAUGUUAUUCGAGCUGACUCAAGAUCGACAAUGAGCGAGGAAGCUGAAAAGAGUAUAAUAGGAAAAUGGCCGAACUCGUAUACAUUCUCCAAGGCCCUUGCAGAAAAUUUAGUCAAAGAAUACGGAAAAACUCUACCUGUAGGAAUUUUCAGACCAUCCAUGGUACUUUUGACAUACGAAGAACCUUUGACAAGUUGGACCGAUAGUUUUACCGGCUUACUAGUUUACGGUGCUGCCGCGUCACUUGGUUUUGUGCACUUGACAGAAACAAACAUGGAUAUGAUUACCGAUGUUGUUCCUGUCGAUAUGUGUGCAAAUGCAAUAUUAGCGUGUACAUGGGAUAUUGCAUUGAAUCCCAGAUCCAAGGACGAAGAUCCUCCUGUUUAUAAUUUUGCUACCAGUACAGAAAACCCUAUAAGUUAUAGAGAAAUGGACCGUUUGGUAUUGGCUUACGCGAAAACUUUUCCAUCUGCAAGAUCAAUAUCGUAUUUUUGGGUAGUGCAUAUAAAUAAUUAUAUUCUUCUUUGUAUUUUCGAUUUUUUCAUUCAUUUCAUCCCAUGCCUUUUAUUCGACGCUUAUCGCCUUUUGACUCUGCAAAAAGUAAUGGCGUUGCCGGUCUAUUUCAAGGCGCACAAGUUCAGGAGCGUUUUCAGAUACUUUAUCAAGAGCGAGUGGAAGUUUCAUGCUACGCGAAGUCGUCAACUAUGGGACAAAUUGAAUGACACUGAUAAGAAAUUAUUUUUCUGUGAUUUACGUAAGAUCUCAUGGGAGAUAUAUCUAAUGAAUUUUUGGCGCGGAAUCAGAGUAUACGUAUUGAAAGAUCCUAUGAGUACGGUUGUGGAAGCAAGAAAAAAAUAUUUAAAAUUAACAAUCAUACACUUUACCGUGAUAACAGUGCUCGGCUUGUUAUUUAUGUAUUUUCUAUAUAGAAUAAUAUUUUUUUAUUGAAAUUCUAUAUCAUCACUAAAUAAUUUUCCUCGUGUUAAUAACGAUGACGAUACUAUUUUUAUUGAAUCCAAUUUCGCAUGUAACUGCUUUACACUCUGACCCCUCACCAGGAUAUUAAACACAUUGAUUGUUGAAAUAAAGAAUACCAAUUUUUGUA